UCUCAUAGUCGUUUUGUGCUGGUGAUAAACAUGUGUUGCAAGAGGGCGUGUGCUGUCUAACUGGACUUGUGUCGUGGGAGGGUUUCCGGGAUCACAGCAUACAUUAAAGAAAAAACUGCCAGCACCUCCCUUUCAGGUAACUUUUCACUCUUUGGGACGCAGGAGACUCAGCAGCGUAUCUCACAGCCAAUCCAACAUGACAGAGUCAGCUGAAGCUGUCGCGGCUGAUGUGGCCAGCAGAAGAAGUGUUACCAUCGAAAUCUCAAACAUCACCAACAACUACUGCCUCAUCAACCCCAGGGUGUACCUUGAAAAUGGGGAAACAUACAACCCACCUCAACCUUCGGUGCGUCCUCUAAAGACUGAGGUCUGCACUUUCUCCAAGUCUGGCGGCAGAGCAACGGGCAGCAUUGGUGUACUGACCUACGACCUUUUUGAGAGGUCACGGAACGACUACAUUGAGACUCUGGCCAUCAUGUUCUCAGUUCCCUGGGACUACAACCUGUACAAGAACUGGUUCGCAGUGGGCAUCUAUAAAAAGGGCCGUAACUGUGACAAGGAUUUGUACAAAGAAAUGUACUAUGAGAAGAAGCAGAAAGAGCAUGGGUUCGUCAGGGAGGAAUCCACUGGCUCAGGAAUCAAUUAUGUAGGCGACUACCUAGAUAUCAAGGCCACCAUGAGUCCAUUGGGCAAAUCCAUCAUGAAGGUGGAGGUGUGGGAUAAGCUCUUCACACCACCCAUGAGCCAGCAGGCAUGCUAGAGACCCUGCCUAACCAGUUUCUGUCAUGAGCCCCCGCAGCAGAAUUCAUCCCCUCCAUCUCAAGUUUCACCAGGCAGACUGUUUCUAAUACAGCCAACAUGCACGAUUUAACAGACGUAUUGUUUCUGACAUGUGUCUGUAUACCUGGCUAUUACCCUUCAGAAAAUCUGCUUAAGAUCAGAGUUUAGUUUGUUUAUAAAUCCAGGCAGUAACCCCCCCCCAAAUCACAGAAGCCUCUGUCUGUUUGAAUAACACCCAGGUUUAAAAUGGUAUCUUUAGAAAUGAAAAUCAAAGGAUGACUCACUGGAGCAUGAGGGCACAUCGCUUAAUGAAACACACUGAGAGCUUGUCUGUAUUACCUUGACACUGUAGUCUGAGGAAUAAAAUAAACCUUUUUGCUGAA